AGAACUUUGAGGAAGACUGACGCAGUGUCUCCUGAAAUCCAACAGACACCAGCAGCCUGUCACCUUGAAUUCCCUGUGACAGGUUUCCAUCAUCAUGGCAGCAUCAGCAUCCACGACCCACGCAUCGAAUCUCAGGGUUGUGGUGUUUGGAAAGAGUCAGAAAAAAAAGACAAUACUAACUAACUUCAUCACAGGGAAACAAGAUUUCAUUUCUCUGAAAAUGACCACGAGAUCUACAGUCACUCAGGGAGAGUGGAGGAAAAUAGCUUUAACGGUGGUGAACACCUCGGACAUCUUCAGUGCACCAGUGGAAAAAGUGAGACAUGAGAUGAAGAAGUGUGUGGCCCUUUGUCCACCUGGACCAAAUGUUCUCCUGCUGUUAGUGAAGCCUUCUGAUUUCAGCGAACAGGACAGGCAGAAAGUACAUUUCAUUCUGGGCUUCUUUGGUCGAGAUUCUUUCAAAUACUCGAUGGUCAUCUUGACACAUGGCCAGGUGGCGAAGAGUUCGGCGGUGGAUCAACUCAUACGAGACUGCAGACGAAGGCAGCACAGAGUGAACUUUGAUAAAAAAGGGCUUUCAGAAUCUGAUCCUGUAGAACUCAUUGAAAAGAUGGAGAAAAUGGUGUGCGACAACAGAGGAGGACAUCUAAACUGCACUGAAGGGGAUGAGCCCUUCACAUUGUCUGAACCUCUGAACCUAGUGUUGUGUGGGAGAUCCGGGACCUGGAAGAGUUCAGUUGCUAAUGCCAUUCUGGGAGAGCGAAAGUUUGGUCCACCUGCUGACAUGUCCGAGUGUAUUAAAAAAGAGGGAGGGGUGUGUGGACGGUGGGUUUCCUUGGUGGAGCUGCCUGCCUUGUAUGGAAAACCUCAGGAGGCUGUCAAUCAGAAUAUAUUCAGGUGUUUCUCCUUCUGUGAUCCUGGGGGCAUCCAUGCCCUCAUCCUGGUCCUUCCUGUGGACUCCCUCACUGAUGAAGACAAGAAAGAGAUAGAGACCAUCCAGAAGACAUUCACCUCUCAAAUGAAUGACUUCACUGUGAUUCUGUUCACUGUGGAAUCAGAUCACAAUCCUCCUGAUGCUAUUAGUCAUGUAAAGAGGGACAGAGACAUCCAGCUGCUCUGUCAGAGCUGUGGAGGACGAUACAUUGUCUUCAACAUCAAGGACAAGCAGCAGUUCUCUGAGGUGUUGCAUACUGUGGAGGACAUGACAGCUGCGGGAUCCAGAUGCUUCACAAAGCAAAUGAUUGUUAAGCCUCGGCAGCAAAAGAGCGGAAGUUGUACUGCUGAACCAGAGGUGCCAAAUUCUGAAAAUCAGAGCGCGAAGUGUCUCAGGAUGGUGCUGAUUGGUAAGACUGGCUGUGGAAAGAGUGCCACCGGAAACACUAUUCUGGGCAAAGAAUGCUUCAAAGCCAGAUUGUGCAUGACGUCAGUGACCAAGCUUUGCCAAAAAGAAACAGGAGAGAUCGACGGGCAGCCUGUCGCUGUGGUCGACACGCCCGGCUUGUACGACACAAAUCUGUCCAAUUAUGAAGUGCAACAGGAGCUUGUGAAAUGCAUCAGCUUGUUAGCUCCAGGACCUCAUGUGUUCCUACUGGUGUUGCAGACGGGCCGCUUUACAAAAGAGGAGAAAGAUACCGUGGAGCUGAUCAAGAGUAUUUUUGGCAAGAAGUCACAAGACUUCAUCAUUGUGAUAUUCACCAGAGGAGACGAUCUUAAAGAGCAAACAAUUGAGAGCUACAUAGAAGAAGACAGUGAAGACUUUGUCAAAAAGCUGAUUGCUGACUGUGGAGGAAGAUACCAGGUCUUCAAUAACAACGAUCGGACAAAUAACACGCAAGUCAGACAGCUGCUGAACAAUGUAGAGCGAAUGGGAAAGAAAAAUGGCGGCAGCUGCUACACCACAGAGAUGUUCCAGGAGGCCGAGGCAGCCAUACAAAGUGAAGUGAAGAGGAUCCUGAAAGGGAAAGAGGAAGAGAUGCAGAGAGAAAAGGAGGAGCUGGAAAGAAAACGUGACGAGGAAGUUCAAGAGAAGGAGAAAAAGAUGAAACAAGAGAGAGCAGAGAGAGACAAAGCACUGAAGGAAAAGAAGGAGCACCUCAACAGAGAACAGGAGAAAAGGAAGAGGGAAGAGGAAAAGAGGAAGGAAGACAACAAGAGUUGGAAAAUGUAUGAAGAACAGCUACGACAGCAGUGGAAACAAAAAAUUGAAGCUCUAGAGGAAAAAAUCACAUCUGAAUCAGAUAAAAGUGCAACCGCCGACAGGAAGCUGAUGCAAAGCCGAAAGGAGAUGAGACAAGAACGAGAGGCGUGGGAGAAAGAGCGAAAAGAAUGGUGGGAGGCGCGACAUCGAGAAGACCAGCAGAGACAAGAAGAGGAGCAAGCGCGACUCAAGAGGCUCAGAGAAGAAUAUGAGCAGGAAAAAAACGAAUAUGAAAAGAAAAUAAAAGAAGAUAGACUCAGGAGAGAACGAGAGGAGAGCGAAUGGAAGGUGGCGCAAGAAAGCUACAAGAAAAGAGAGCAAGAAAUGAAGAGAAGAAAUGCCGAGGAGGCCAGGAAGCAAGCUGAAGAAUUCAAUGAGUUCAGAAACAAAUACACAGCGGACUUUGCAGCUCUGAUGGAAAAGCACGACAAAGAAAUGGAGGACAUCAACCAGAAGCUACGGAAACAGACUGAAGUCAUGAAGGAACGUCUGCUCAUGAAAAAGGAGUAUCAGAGAGACUUUGAUAGACUGAAGAGGAAACAAGAGCAAGAGCUGCAUGAGCUUGAACAGACUCUCUCCGAAGAAAAUGAGGAUGAAGAAAUCGAAACACUGAAGAAAAGACAUGAUGAAGAAGUCAGUGUCUGGGUACAAGAAAAUGCAGAGAAAGCCUUAGCAGAUAAGACUUGCUGCAUUUUAUGAGGUGCUGGCUUUCAUCUGCACGUCUCUAGAGCAGCGUGGCUUUACUGAACUGAGUGAGCAUUUGGUUUUGAAGACUUAAAACACAAUAUAAAUUUUAACAGUUUCUCUUUUCCUGUUGAACUAAUGUAAUGUAAUGUUUGUCUGUAGAUGAUAUGCACUUAAUGCUUUCAUCCAGUCCUUCAUGUUCAGUAGUUGUAUUACUCAAUCUAGCCAAGGCUUGACAUACAAAUACUGUAUUUUAGUAAGAAACACUCUUAGAUGAGCUUGUUCCAUGUUGUCAUUUGACAUUAUCUUUUUUUUUUCCUUUUGCAAAUUAAACAAAAUGGAUAUUUACCUGUUUACAUUUUAACACACAAGAGUUCCUGCAGCAAAUAUUAACUGCAAACUAAAAUCAUGAAUAAAUGUUGACUCAUCAUAAGACCAGUGACACCUGACACAGCAGAAACACUAAGUAACAUGCAUUCAUCAAAAAGCAAUGCAAUGAUUAUGACAAUGAUAACAUUCAGUCUCACAAAGUUAAUGUCCUGUCUUGGUUCAGUUUGUGUUCAUGUGCAGAUCAACACCGUGUUGGCCAUGUUUGAGUGUAUGUUUAUCUUAUGUGAGGUGCAAGUCAUUCAUGUUUCCAACCUGAUCAAUCCCGAAAUGAAAGCUUUUUUCUUGCUAAUAAGCUGCAGUACAAAACUGAACAACAGUGAAUAAGGUGUUUCAAUGGCUGCCUGAAUGAAAUCAGGCUAAAUCCCAACCAAAACAGCUAUGAGCUCUAUUCACUGUGAUUGCUUAUUACAUUAUGAAAAGUUAUACAAAGUUACUUGUGUGUAGUGUGUGUAUGAAGACCUGCCUUCCAUUUCUAUCUCUUGAUUAUUUUUUUAAGAUUAAACCCUUCAUUUUGAAUCUGAAUGAAGGUGAGACAACCUGACUGUUCUUGGAUGGUGCUUUUAAAAGAUGAGCGUCAAGUUUAGGUCGUGAAUUCAUUUAAUCAAAUAAUCAAAUAUUUAAUCAAAUAUUUACACAUACUGUGUGCUACGAGCACAUUCUUUAACUGCCGAUCUAUGGAGAACAAUGAAGAAGCUCCAACAAAUCAGCUGAUGUAGUCUGAAGAUACCAAACUUGGAAGCAUCAUCAUCAUAACACAGUUUCUUUAUCUUCAUAAUCGGUGGCCGCGUCUGCUGGAGCCGGUUUUACCAGAUUCUGAUCUAACUGUGUAGCUCAGUGCCCUCUGGACUCUGAAUAAUCACGACUAAA